AAAAAAUGAUAUAACGUCAAACUCCUGAAGCCACAACGACGUCAUGACGUAUGCACAGUUAUCUCUCUUGACAGGUACUCUCUUUCAGCGCAUCAUAGGUAUCAACUUCCGGUUUGCAAAAUGGACGAAAUUUCUAAAGAAAAUAGUGUAAAAAGUCAACUGUUCAAUGUAAUACAAUAAUGCAUAUAUAAGUCAACAUGGAUAUGUCGAUGCAUAGAGUAAUGAAGAAAGUAUUUGCACAUACAUCUGCCGAACUUUCGUCAGAUUUCUUGAAGAAUUUCGAGGAUGUUUCUACUCCAUUAUCGAAUGUUCAGCUUACAGAAAUCAGUCGGGAAGCAGGCGUUGACCUAUAUGAAGACGGUGGUAAAUUUAGCAUGGCGGGGGAUUGGAACUCAAUGAUGUCUGCAUAUAGACUUUUGAUAGAGCUACUCAAUUCCGUUUAUGGUAUUCCGCCGGUAUCCACUUCUCUAGAUUACGACGACAGUAUUGUACAGUCGACUUUCUCGAAUCACACUCCCGAAAGUGUUCAUACAAACAGCAUAAAUAAACAACCAGCACCAAUAUACAUGGCUAAACAACAGGAAAACCGAGAACUCACGUCGAAACUUACCCCAGUGAAGAGUAAGGUUCCAGAACCAAUCGUAUUAACAUUUUCAUCUAAAGACUUUAUGUCUGAUCGAAAUACAGACAACGAGAAGAUGUCUGAUACAGAUCCAAUGUAUGAUGGAGAGACAGAAGAAGAGGAAGGGGAGGAUGACAGUAUUUCAACCACAGAAAACGUCGCAAAUAGUAGUGAGGAGGAUGAUAAAGACAAUAUUAUGCUUGACUUAGACGAGGAGGACACUUCUAUAAAUUAUGUGCAUAAGAAACAACAAGCUAAUCGUGAAGUAGUCAAUAGAAACAAAGACAUCAAAUCUGAGUUUAGUCAACCAGAGCACACUGUUACUAGAACAAAAACUAAACAAACUCUACGUGUUGACAAUAUAGCAAAGAAAAUAAGUAAAUUAUCACCACCGAAAAAGAAACAUAAAAGGAAAGGUGUUCCAGUGAAACUCCUCAAAACAAGUCCAAAAUUAGAUAUAAAAAUGUGUACAGAAUCUGUAGAAAUCAAACAAGAGGAAGGGGAUGAAGGUCCAAUAGAAACGGUGGAGAUAUCUGAAGAAGUAGAUGAUGAGGCAGAUGGUGUGCAGGAGCCUGAAUUUGAUGUAGAUGAUGAAGAGGAUGGUGAAGAUGAAGAAAAAGAUGAGGAAAAGCAGGAUGCCAACGAUCAAGAAUGGCUUCCUGAUAAAACCUUCAAUGACAAAGCUGAAGGUUUAAAAAUAAAAUUUGAAAGGAAAGCUGGUAGGAGACAAACAAGGAAAGCUAGAGCAGGACAAAUUAAGAAAUCCAGAGGGAAAAGGUCCCAAAAUGUAGGGAAAGCAUGUGAUUAUCCUUGUCCUUCUUGUUCCUAUGUGGCAAAAAAAAGAAGUCAACUAGGUGAACACUACAGAAGGAACCACAGAAUGAAAAAAUGGAAGUGUGAACACUGUGAUAGAACAUUUGGUAUUCAUAAGGAUUUGAAACGACAUGUGAUGACCCAUGUUGAACCUCAACAUUGCUGUGACACCUGUGGUAAAAUGUAUAAAUCUCUUCGGACAUUCAUCAAACACAAGAAAAUUCACGAAGAUGAUUAUGAAAAGCCUGAAUACCCAUGUGAUCAAUGUGAUAAAAGGUUCAGUACUAAAUAUGUAUUGAACUACCAUAUCAAAGCUGAACACAUGGGCAUCAGGAAAAGCUUUUUGUGUCCAACAUGUGGCAAAAGUUUCACCCAGAAAAACUCAUACAUUCAACAUGCAAAUGUACAUAUGGGGCUGCGACCUCAUAUUUGUAAGGUGUGUAACAAGUCAUUUGCCUAUGAAAAGUCUCUAAAAGAACACAAAUAUACACAUGAUGAGGUAAAAAGAUUUAAAUGUGAGGUAUGCGACAAACUAUUCCGACAAUCUUCAGCCCUUGCCAUUCAUAUGAAAGUACACAAAGGAGGGAAAGAUCAUCUCUGUGGAGUGUGUGGUAAAGGUUUCACACAAAAGCAGGCUCUGUAUAGACAUGAACGAAUUCACAAUGGUGAUAAACCAUUUUCUUGUGGCCUCUGUGCAAGAAAAUUCAGUGAUACUUCCAUUAUUAGACGUCAUAUGAUCUUGGUCCACAAGAGAGAUCCAAAGAAAUGGAGAGACGGUGUUAUAUCAGAUCUGAAGGGAAAGGAAGGUUAUUUUAUUGAGAGUUUUGAUGGUACAGUUAGAAGAGGAGGCAGGCCUAUUAUGACUAGUGGGCCAGAUCCAUCAACAGAUUUAGAAAACCAGGAUAAAGACUUGUCUAAUGAACAAACAAUUUCCAACAAUACGGAAAGUCAGACAUCAGAAAUAAUGUCGAGUCCCGAGACUGACAACAGGGCAGUGUUCAGUAACAUAGUAGAACGAAUCAUUGGUGCUUCUAGUGAACAUCUAACUGGACAAAGUUCAGAAAAAAUAGAUCAUCAUUUAGAUAGUGUUGAUUCAACAUCAGAACCAGUUGACAAUUAUAUGUCUCACCAAGAUCAGCAGCAACAGCAGCCACUACCACCUGUGACUACAGUACGACCCUUGUCGAGGACACUCGAUCAUGUGACAGCUGCCUCAGCUCAUGGCCUUUCCCCACAAGAUGAACAAAUGGCAGCGGCGACUGCCGAAUAUCUACGUAAACAAGCUCUUCUCCAAGCAGUCAGUACCAUGCAUCAUCAGGAGCAAGUUCAAGCUCAGAAUCAAGGACAGUCCCAAGGGCAAAGUCAUUCAACAAUGCAACUGCCCCAUCUUCCCUAUACAGUAGAUCCAACCACAGCUAGCAUUGAUCAGGUUACCCAUUUGUCUCACCAGUCUGUGGCUUAUAUGUCUGGUGCUGGGCCUGAUAGUUAUUCUGAUCUGCGGAGAAAAGACAGUCGUGAUGGCCAAACUUCUGACCACACCUUCACAGACAUGCAGCAACAAGUCCAUGACUCUAACCAGAGACAGUACGACAAUAAAACUCCAGGGCAAUGGUCUGUUCCACCAUUUCCUUACCUGUAUAUGCACCAGAACUAUAACCCGCUUCAGUACCAAAAUCCAAACCAGUAAUGAUUGGUUCGAUAUCAAAUACAUAAUGUACUUAUCAAUCUGUGGUCAGUGAGUAGUAUAAAAUGAAAUAUAUAUUAAGUCAUUCACCUAACACAAAUCUCUACUGUCAAAUCUACUAGGCUAUCUGUAUGGUCUGGUCUUCCAAUGUUCAUGGUAUUGUUGAUAUUUUUGUAUUGAAUUUCAGAUAGGGUCUCUUGUAUUUCUACAUUAAUUGGAUAAUUAAGAAAAAUUAAAGAAUAUGAGUUCUAUAUUUACGACGAAAACAAAUAUUUUACUGUGAAAAAAUAAUGAGUGAAACAUUAUUGGUAGUAUUAUUAAAAAUGAAAACUCCACACAUCACAUACCCGUAAUACAAUUUUUCAAUUUUAAGAAAGUUUUGUUUAUACGUCAUAUGUAUUAGACAUUUCGUCAACCCGAAGAGUAUCUAAGUGGAUUAUUUCGUGAAAUUUUGUAUGUUUUUCACAAUGUAUUUUGGGAAAUUUUACAUUCUAUUUUGUGAACGAUAUUGUGAUGUUACCCUCUACCCCUUUAUUCGAGGUUGGUAGACGAAGUUGAAAAAUUUAGAUUAAAAUAUGAUUUUGCAAGCUCAUUUUCAGUUAUAUUUUGGUUUUGACCCAUGUCAUUUAUGAAGUUUGAAUAUUACUUUUUGCUUUAGUGGAAUCAUGUCAUUAUGCAAUCAAUUUACAUAUGGGGUAAGCUAAAAAAAACACUAGAAAAGAUGAUUUGUUUGGAGGAAUAAUUAACAUAAAGUAGAUUUUAUAUUCAACGUCUAGACCUGUCUGCCAUGGAGUGCCAUUUGAAAACAAUCUAUACCAUGUUUUGCCAUAUUCACAAAACAUAAUUUUAUGAUGGCAAGUUACAAAAUUUUAUUAAAAUUAGAUGCCAGUUGCUCUGAUGUAUUGAUAUGCAAGCUUUUGUUAAUUAUUUUGGCAUUAUAAUUAUGAAAUGGCUUGUAGUUAUAUUAGUAAAAUAAACAAGACAUUAAGAAAAUCCUACUUCAAUGGUAAAUACCUAGUAUGCAAUGAAGAUGGCAACAGAAAUUAGUUUCCUGUGUUUACGUAAGUCCAAUUAGUAGUUGAUUUUUUCCUGCUAUUUUUCCAUACCUUAUUGUGUACAUGUAUAUUGUUACAGUUGAUGCAUGAUAAAUUAUAAAUGUACAAGUUUUGAUUUGUAUCAUUGACCAGUGCAAUAAAAAGGUUAUUUUACAAUUUCUACAUGUAAAAAUGUAGCUUAAAUGAAUUUUUUUUAGAAAUUCUUUCAUCCAAAUGCAAGCACUAAUAAUAAAUAUCUCGUUUUUGAUAGGUGACAAAAACAACUAUUUUGUUAUACAAAAUGUAUCUAUGAAUAUAAAUAAAACAUUUUUGUAAAUUGUUAAAAAAUUUAUCAAAAGUACUUUACUAUACAACUGAUCAUUAAACCUUCCAAAUGUCUACAUAUAUUUUAUCAUGGGUGAGAAUUUGGUGCUGAUCAUCUGAUAGAAUUCCUGCUACAAGAAAAACUUCUUUAAAUUAUACCAUAUAGUUAACAUUUGAUAAUGGAAAAGAAAUUAUUUACAUCAUUAUGUACUUGUAUAUUUUUUUGUUUUGAUUUCGUUUUAAAAUGUUUGGGAAUACAUCAUAUAAUAUUUAGAAUCUCAUUUUAAUACUGUGAAGUGUAAUUAUUAUAUACAUAUGAAAAAAUGAACAAAUUCUAUUGAAUACAAUUCUGAUUUUUAAUUCCUGAAGAGUUCUUGAAGAAACAGCCUCUGCAUGAUAACAGUGUUAAGUUUUAGAUGGUUAUAACUGGAAAUUUGACAUCAGAUAACAGUAAUUUUCAUUAAAAAGAAAUAAAUCAAUUUAUGCAAGGUAAUGUAAAAAUACUGUUUUUUGAUGAAAAGUUGUUUUGUUAUUCGAUAUGAGUGUAUUUUAUGUUCAUGUUUCUGAUUAUUGUGCUUUUUGUUGCUUGUUUUUUUUUUUAUAAUUUCAGUCUCACAAACAAGGUCAUAGCUCUAGCCAGAUUUACUUAUCAACUACCAUGGAAUGUGAAACUGUUGCAGUCAAAUUUCUAAAAGUCUGAAACCAAAACUGCAAUAUGAUAUUUUAAUUUCAAAUCAUUAAUCAUAAUUAUCAAAAUACUGAUUUUCAUAAAAUGUUAGCUAUGUGCAUGUUAUAAAGCCUGAAAUCCAGUUUGAAUUUGUAAAAAAUGCUAAUUUUACUAAAGUUUGAAACUAAAGGAGUUGUUAAUCCUGACAGAAUGUGAUGUACCAUUGUAAAUAAAAGGUUCCUUCCAUUCAUGGACACUUAGUAAAUGGAAGGAACUCUUUAUGAAAGCUUACUAAGUUAAAUCCUUGAUUGAUUUUAGAUAUACAUGUAAUACAAAGCACUUUAGUCGCAUAUACAUGUAAUUGUAAUCAGAUGGAUGUGAUUAUCUGAAAUACAGUAAAUUAAUGAGGACAGUUAAUUCUGCUUAAGCUAAUUGGUAGUACAUGUAUACUAAUAUGAUAAUACAAUUAUUCAGAGUGAGCGGUUAUGUUACCCUGCUAUUGUUUUUGGUCAUGUUUUACUUGUGGUCUUACAUUUCAUUACCUAUCAUGGCUAGGACUUGAACAUAUCCAGUUAAUCAUGAAAUACUUAGCUGCAACUUAUUUCAUGGUUAUGAACUUAUGUUUAUGGAAUUUUGUCUUUGUUGCAGUAAAGAAUUCAUUAGCUUAACUAGUUUUAAAUACAAUCAUUGCGGCUUCUAUCACAAGUUUUUAUUUUGAAUCAUUUCUUCUACAGAACCAUAAAGCUAAAUCAUUCUGCUAUCCUGUACCAUGCUAUGAUGAGUUUAUGUUGUGCUGCUCUAUCAGGAUAAAUAUUCCGAGAAAUCUUCAAUCAAAAUUGAAAAAGGGCCAUAUUUCUAUUUGAAACACUGCCAUCCAGUGAUGUCCUUUUGUACAUCAUGUACAUUGCAAGCAAAGGGCCAUAACUCUGCAUGUAGUGGGAUGACAGAACAGAAUGCUUUACAGAUUUAUAUACAUGAAUUGAGAUAGUGAUAUUUUUCAAGCAAUGUGAUGGAUAAGCCGUAGUCCUGUAAUCCUCUUUCUCUUUACAUAGAUAUAUAACAGUUACAAUCUAAUCAGCGACCAAUCAUAUACAAUAUGUUUUAGUCCUCUACGGGUGAACCCAGAGGUUGAGAGCGUCCGUAUGUAUGUAGGUUAAUCAUAUACAAUAUCUUUUAGUCCUCUACGGGUGAACCCCGAGGUUGAGAACGUCCGUAUGUAUGUAGGUUAAUACACAAAAGUUUGUCAGUAACCUAGUGGCUUUAUUCUGUGAGAUAUUUGAUCAAACUUUAAUUGAUCAUAAAGGUCCAUAAUAUCGGGGAUAAGUUUCAGGGUUGUUUGGCUUUAUGUAAGGGAUUUUCAUCAAACUUCAGACUCUUAUUUAGAAUCUUAAUAUCUUGGACAAAUGUGAUUUUCAUCAAAUUUCACAUUCUUGUUAAUACAAGACUACCCACUUGCAGGGAAUCUGAAAUUUUCUUUUAAUUGGUCAUUGAUAAUUUCACACCUGACUGGUCGGUCUACACUGAUGAAUUUUGGACACAAAAUUAGUAUGAUUUUGUUCAUUUAUUUGUGUAAAUUGCAUUGGUAUAGACCUUUUUUCCUGCAAUUUUUAGUCGAUUUUAAGGGUGUGUAAACUACAUUGAUGCGUACAUUACAGGUAUUUUAUGGUACUAAUACCUCGGACAAGUCCCAAGUUUCAUGGUUGUAAGGUCAAGGUUACUAUUUAUAUAAUUACCAUUUUUAGAAAAUUCCAGUUCCAUUUUAUAGAAUUCCCUGGUCAGAAUACAUUACAAUUUCUUGUAUUAUUACAUUAAAAUAACUUAUAAGCAAAUUGUAUACUUUUUCGUUUUUCCAAAUUAACACCAAAGGGCACCAUCUUUAUAAAUCAUUAUAGCAUAAUAGCCAACAGUGGUCGGUAGGAGACAUACUCAGUAUGCUUGUUUCUGUAGCUUUCUGGAGGUGAAGGUCUGUAUAAAUCACAUUUACUGAUUUACAAGGUCAUAAAACUGUAAUAGGAAGGAGUAAUGAAAAAUAACCUGUCUGUGCUGAUCCUUUAACAAGUGACUUCUCCCUCUCAAGGCAAGAUCCUACCACUAGGCUAAAGGGAAGUCUGAGAUUGUAAAGUGACCUAUACUCUCCGUUUUUACAGAACAAGUGUUUCACACUUUGUUAAAUUAGUAGCUGUGAAGCUCGAUCAGAUGAAUACAUUGUUACAUGCCAUCACUUCUACAUUGUCUUGGGUCAGAUCAUGAGAUGUGAUAAAAAUGGUCAAAUGUGAUAUACUGUACAUCACUUGAAUAUGUUAACUUCUGUGAGCGACUGUACAUGGAACCACAAGGCUUAUUAAGACCACCAGAAAGUUUCCCAACUCGAAACACCAUGAACAUUGAUAAGCACUUGCAUGCUAAAAUGAAACGCUGGUGGCUGUAUAUUGUAACACAUUUUCACACUAAGUAAAACUGUUCUUAAUCCUAUGUAUUCUAAAAACAGAAAGUAUUUGUGUGGAUAAAAUUAAUAUUUAUAAAGAGCCAGUACUCCUAGUAUGUAAUCUUGCUGCUCUCCAGAAGAUCAUGUCCUUGUCUGGCUAAGACAUCACAUCCUAGUGUUUUGAACAGACUGCUGUUUAACACUGGAAAAAAAAUGAAUUUUCACUCUGGAAAAAUGAUUUUUCACACUGGAAAAAUGAAUAACCUUGAUAGUGUUUGAUAUUUGCAGACAAAUCCUGCAAAGAGUUGAUGCUUUUAUACGAAUGAAAAUUUCUUGCUUUAACUUGUAUGUUCAUUGUAUGAUUAUCAUUGUGAUUAAGAAGUUUUAAUAAUCAACAAGAUGUACAUGUAUACAGUUAAUUGAUGACACAAAAUUACACCAGUGUAUCAGCAUCAUGAAACAUGUACUGUUUGUGAAUUAAAAGAAAAAAACAGCCAAAAGUUUUUUUUCGUGUGAUUGAAAACUGUCGUUUUUUGUGUUACCUGUUAAUUUGUUACCUGUCCAAUCUGCCUGUAAGUGUUUCAGUGAUCACACACCUGUACAUACAAUCUGUAUUUAUACUGAAGUAGUACCUACCACUUGUAAUUAUUAUGCACAGCUUGUGAAUAGCCUUGAAUAAAAUAAUCUGCAUAAAUAA